GGCUGCAGCCGUGCGGACGGCAUUCUCUUAGUGCACGCCCUGCCCCCCCGCCCCCCCCGCUGGCAUCAGACCCCGAUUUGCACUGCUUCUCGGAGCUGGGACGCGGCCCCGUGGGACGGCCCUGCGCCUGUUCCUCCUGCGUGGUUUGCGCAGGUACCGCUCUUGAAGGGGGCGAAGCACCAGAAAUGGUUGUGCUGGGCGAGUCUGAUGCCUUUUGCAGGGAGAGGGCAGCUUUCCGGAAGCAUCACCCACACGUAUGGAGGCGCACUUUGGAGCCAAGCACCCUCGGGGGCCCUUCAGCAUGGAGACCCCAGGCACUGACCCUUCCUCCAGUGUGUGCCCAGGUCGUGACGCCUGCACUUGGGGACCCCCUCUGCGGUCUGAUCUUGGCAUCUUCUGAAGAACAGAGCCCCAGCUGCAUGUACACAGGCCUCUGGAGUUGGGUUCAGCUCCCCCUCCAGCCUAUAGAGCCAUCACCGUGCCUGGCAGCUGGGGCGUAUGGCUUCCUGGGGUGGGCAUACUCUGUCCCCCCAGUUGCUCAUCCUCGUUGGAUGGACUGUGCUGAGCUCUCAUGCCAGGUGCGGGGCCCCAGGGAAGGGAACUGCCUUCAUGCAGAGACCAAGCUGAGGUGCCCCAUGAAACGUGCACUGUGUCUCCUGAUGGAUUUCUCCCUGACUGGCCCUUUUCUAAAAUGAUAACCCCUCACUGCCCUCGCUUCAGUACAUUUGGCAGCUUUGGCCUUCCUUUGCUGCCCAGAAUCACAGAAGUGAUGAGCUCUGGGCAUGGCCCUAACCGGCACCGGGGCCUCCCAGGAGGCUCUGUGGGCACCCCCCCCCACCCCGGGCAGCCGCCCAGCCCUGUUAGCCAAGUCUCGUCAGAGGCACCGCAGCUCACCUCCCAGAUCCUUCCAGCAGGACCUGUAGUUGGUGGGGACGUCAUCCCAGUUCCUGCAUCUCUCGCGGGACUGAGCCUAAAAGCCUGUCACCUACCUCCCUCUCACAGCGUGGCUGUUCUCUUGUGCCAAGCAUGGCCGUCCCCAGUGGUGACAGCUGGCCUCAAAACCUUGAGGACAAUAAUGGGGGACAGCUGGGCGCUAGGCUAUACCUCCAUUUUAAAUAAAUCAAGAAAAAUGUCUUUCAUCUAGAGCUGAGGCCUGCUCUAAGGGACUGCCUCCAUCCGAGGCCCCUAGCAUUGUAAAGUGCACGCAGAUUGAAGACGACUGCUUCGGAUUAAAAACCAGUCUCAAAUCUGAAUGAUGUUCUGCGUCUAGUGUCUGGCCUACAUGUGGUUUCCACGAACAGUGACUAAAAUAACCCUGGGCUGUUGGCUGCGUUCACAUUGGCCUCUGUCUUGGGUGUCAGGCGGGGCUGCAGGGCCUGUGGGUGGGUCCGUCCGCCUGGCAGUGGCCUGGGUGGUGCCAGGCAGGACAGCAGCAGUGAAGGGCAACGGCUCGUCAUCUGCACAGCUGGUCAAGCAGAGGCCUCCCCCUCUGACCUAUGCUCAGCCGGCUUCUGGUUUCCGGUUCAGUAGGUGAGAUGCGGGGACAGUGGCGGUUCUGUGCGGAAACCCAGUGCCAGCUGCUCCCCUUCAUGGCAGAUGGUCAGCCAGCUCACAUGGGGAACUUCCGACUGGUGAACUCAACGUAGGUGAGGAUUCAGAACUGUUGACAUCAUUGUCCAAGGCCUAAAGGCAACCAGGGUUUUGAUAGAGCAUGUUCCAGUGGGGAACCCAAUGACCCAGGUUAGGGACUGGCUGCGCCCACAUGGGACUUAGUCUAGGGGUGGCAGGUGGCCCCGACGGGUCUUUGGAUGUUUGCAUGGCACCACCUUCACUGCCACUUUGCUGCUGUGAGGUUGGGGAAGUCUCAGUGCACCUCUGCAUACCUGGGUGUGCUCUGUGCUCUUCCAGUUGAUGGAAGUCAUGUGAUUAGAGAUUUCAAACACGGGUCAUUGGGGAGUCUUCUGUUUUGGGGCUGAAUGCUUUUGGUGUGAGGCUGGGGCAAAUAACCUUUUUUUCUGGCUAUCUGAUGUGGGUCUGGCUCCAUACCGGGAUCUGUCGGCCUCCGGCGUCUAAUACCGAGUGUGAACAGGUUUGGUGGCAUCAUUGCAGGAGGUUUGCAAGCUCCUUCCUCCCUCGGUCCAGACUGGUACCUCCCUUCCUGGCCUCGCCUGGGUCUGGGACAGUCCAGCUCACUGUGGCUGGUGCUCAUGGGCACAGCUGCCUUCUCCUCCCUUGCCCCUCCUACCCCAACACCAGGCUGCUCCGUGCCCGGUGCCUGCAUCCCUGGCCAGUGCGGAGGGUGGGAGGGUGCACAGUCUAACUAGCUAGCCACGUGCUCGCUGGGCCUCCACUCCUGCUUCCCGUAGGGAGAGCCCAGGGGUGGAGCUGUUGCUCUGGGAAAGCAGCUGCUUUCUUGUUCUGACUUUUCAGAAUGCUUAUGGGAAUGUUCUUAUACAACCCUCGCCCCCAAUUCACAGUCCAUCCCAGUGCCGACCAAGGCUGACUUCUCUGUCUUUACUUUUGGGAGAUCUGAAGUGCAAUUUGACGGUACAUACUCAGAAUUAUUUAGAGUAGAAGAAAGCCACAAGGCAGUCGGUUUGCCUGAGACUGUGAGUAGGAACCGAAUGGAGCUCUUUGUCAUUUACAGCGUGCUGGCCUGCAGCGCCAUGACUCUCAGCAACCCCUAAGGGUCCCCUCUCCGGGUCCUUCCUGUGCUCGCAGGGAGACCAGCCAGAACAUGUGAAGGGGUCAGAACCUUUUGCUUUUUUAGCCUAAUUUUACUUUGGGUGGUUCUCUGAGAUCAUAUAUCCCUCCUGAAGAAAAACAUUUAUCUUGUUUGAUCUAAGCCCCAUGCCCUGACUGGUGAAGAUGGCAGCUGAGAUGGGAGGAGUUGUGGUCAUGCUCAGGCAUCUGCCCAGGUGUUCCGGUGGGGCAGGGGCUGGGAUGGGAUGGCUGUCGGGGGCUGCUUCUCCAUAAAGCAGUUUUUGAACCUUUAUAAUUUCUUUUGGGAUGCAAAAUAUUUAAAUUAAAAAGUACCUCAUGUUCCCAUCCGGCUGGGCCUGGACUGCUGAGAGGGGUUGUGGCUGAGUCCCCUUCCCCACCUGGGACGUCACUUUGCCCCCCUCCCCUGAAGGUACUGCGCAUGGCCUGUGCCCUGCACGCAGUGGCAGGCCUGGGGCGCCUGCUCCGGGCCAGUCCUGGGCCCUGUGACUUGGUCCCUUUGUAGCCCGACCUCUAGUGGGUGCUUAGGGUCACUGCACAUGUGCAUGGUCCCCCCCCCCACCUCAUCUCACCACCACCCACCCCCAGCAAGGUGAAAAGAACAAAGAAAGGCCAUUUGGGUAAAGUUUUCAGACUUCUUCCAUUUUUACUUGAAAUCCACAAUGGAAGCCUGCCUUUCUGACUCCUUCCAGGGCAUGAAACCCUCUCUGGCAGUGCAGGGAGGGCUGACAGCUCUGCCGGCCCUGAGAUGAACAGGUGCUUCUCUGGGAGCUGAAUCAGAGGGAAGGAGGCAGUGGGCCACCCAGGACACAUGUGGGGAGCCUUGGAGGGAGGCCUGAGCAGACCCGAGGUCCACCCCAGAUGUAGCUGUCCUUGGCACUUCAGUGGGAAUAGCUGAGCUGUCUUUUUUUCCUUGGUUAGGUUUUUGAGAUACAAUUCUUGUAAAUUUUUAAUGUGAGCCUAUUUCUUUGAGUUGACCAACACACAGCUGUGAAUAAGCACCAUAAUCAAGAUACAGAAUGUUCCAUCCCCCUCAAAGCCCCUGGUGCUGCCCCUUCAUAGCCAGCCCCCACCUCCAAAACCACUGAUCUGUUCUCCAGUCCUAUAGCGCUGCCUUUUUCAGGUCAAAUAAAUGGAAUCACAUAGUAUGUAUAGGUUUUUUAGUUUGGCUUCCUUCCUUCAGCAGUUUCUCAGCCUUCUUUUCAUCAUCACCUUUUUAGACAGUUUCCCCUAAUAUUCCUUGUGAGACUUUAAUUCUGUCCUGUAUGCAUUUGUGUGGUUCUAUGUACGUGUGAGCCCAGGUGGACCGCCCCGUCGCCAUGGAGUGUCUCUCCUGUUCCCUGUGUUCCAGUUCUAUUGGAAGGCAAGCUCUCCCAGGGCGCCAUGGGUACGGGGGACACGGUGUGGAGGCCUCUUCUCGGGGACGCUUCAGUGAUCUCAGGGGAAGCACUACAGCAGGGUCCUUGGUACUGCAGGGGUGGGGGUGAGGCGAUGACAGAGGCAUUUGGAAACAAUAAACCCCCCUAGCCUGGCUGCCUGGCUCAGCUGGGCUUUGCCCUUUUAUAGUGCUCUGAUUUCCGUGUGGAGGACGGUGACAGUGGUUCCGUGUCUCCCAGCAGAUUGCAGGAGCUCACAGUGAAAAAGGGAAGGGAGGCCACGAUGAUGCUGUCACAGCCACUGAGGAGAGAAGUCUAGGUGUCACAGUCGGUGAGGGUGAUGAUGAAGCCUGUGAUUCCACGAGGAAAGGGUAAGGUUGGGGGCAGCAGAGUUGACAGAAUGCUGUCCACCCGUGGGGACCCAACACAUCACCCUGUGUGGGUGAGAAAGUGAGUCCUGUGUCCAGGGCUGUUAAAAUGGUGGCACCUGGUAUGAUCUUGACCUAAACUACUGUGCAGCUUGGGCCAGGAAAGGAUGACUGCUCAGCCUCAGAGGCCCAAAAAGUCCUCUGAUGGGGGACAUGAGAACUUAAAGAUGACAGUUUUUACUUAGAUUUUAUUUGAAAAUUAUGAUUUAAUGUAACCCACAGGAUUUAGAAUUGUUGAACUCCUGUUCUCUGCCUGUUCCAGGUCAGUUGGUAAGGUUAUCCUGAAAUAACAAGUCAACCUCAAAACAAAAGCACAACUUUUUGUUCUUUUCUGGGUUACUAGUAAUACAUGCUUCUACAGUAAUGUUCUCAGAGAUAUGGAUACGGACACGUGUCUUACACGUGGGGAGUGGCCAGCCUCCAGCUGCUGGCUGGGGCAGCGCUGUGUGGCCAGGGUGCCUGAGGACAGUGUCAUUCCUGCAGGACUCACCCCUACCCCUGCCCUUGGCUGUCUGCCCACCCACAUCCAUCACUAUGGUGGGCACCAAGCCCUUUGUCUCUGGGACCAGCUUUCUCAAGUCCAGAGUUGUCCCCACCUGCCCUCAUCCCCAACCUCCCCAAACACCCCAGAGGGUCAGCCAUAGCUGUCUGCUAUGGGGGCAAGUCCUCGUUUGGAGAAGAUGACAGGCUUUUCCUUUUCUUUUCUCUGAGAGGAGGUUCCCAUCUUUGGGAAAUCCAGAGUCUGAAACAAGGGGCUGGUGUUUUGGAAACCUCAGCUGGUAGUCUUGCCUGCAGCCCCUGGCAAGGCUGCUGUUGCCCUUUCUGCUCGCUUCCCUGCACCCACCCAGGGUUUUAGAAAAGCUUUUAUGAGCACCUGCUCAGCCUCAUCUUGCCACAGCCUGCCACCCUCACCACGUGCAGGAGUGACGACGAGAAUCCACCUCUGCCACCAGCUCUCCAAGGGCACAGCCAGUCGCAGCUCUGGGCCCUCUCCUAGGCUAGGGCAGCACAUGGAGGUAUGGCCCAUCACGGGUAGGGCUGCUUAAAAAGAUUUGAGCAAAUAUCGAUAUAUUAACUGAGAGUAUCAAAAUUAGCAUGAAAAUACUGAAAAGCUUGUUUCCAAGAAAUAAAAAUCUUCUAAGAACAGAGAGGCAGAAAGCACUAAAGUUUGGUUUACUAAAACGUGAAGACACACACCCUGUCUUCAUUUUGGUAACUGUCCAGAGUGCAUGUGUGAGGGCGGAGGAAGGGGAGGCUGAGGGGAGUAACACAGUCCAGAGGGUUCAAAACUGUAUCGACACCCUCUGGAUGCAGCUGUUUUGAAUUCCACGGACUUUUAACUUCCAGGCUGCUCGAGAAAUGCACAUUCUCUCGUCACAACGGGAGCCCAUCGGUAGGGCUGCCGGAUUCAACAAGUGACUUGCGGGGCGCUCAGUUCAAUCUGAACGUCAGAAACACAAUGACGUCCCAGGUACCGCGUGGGACACAGUCCUACCGAGAUGCUUGCGGUGCCCGGAUCGGCCCCGGGCCGGGGUGCGGGUCCCACCUCCUUCUCUCCUUCUAGGGCACAGACACCCCAGCUGGGGCGCCCUGCGGCCCGGCAGGCCCAUCCGUCGGAAGUGGUGAGUGGGCUUCCCCGGCUCGCGGGAGGGAGGUCUUCCGGGUCCAACGCCCACCUAUGACCGCCGGGACCGGACAACCGAAAGACAGUUGCGGACGCCAAGUCCGACCUCCCCUCUGGUCCAGAGCGCGGCCCGGCCCACUAACCCGCCGGCCCGAGCUCCGUGCAGCCAGCGCCCAAUCAUCCGCCAGCUUGGCGCACAUACCUAAAAGGCAGGGCCUGAUUGGCUGAUAGGGGGCCAAUUAUCUGGGCGGGGUGGGGCGCGCCGCGGGCUGUCGGCCGGAAGGGGCGGGCCUUAGGGAGGCGAGCGGGCGGAAGAAGAGGGACCUCAGAGGUCGAGGAAGGCCCCCGGGUCGAGAAGGGCGGUGUGAGGGGCCGGUCCGCAGGAGGAGUGACACGCGUGAGCCCGCCCUCACUUUCGUCAUGGCCGACGCCAUGAACAUCGUCACCUCCUUCACCACGACUUAGUAGAGCCCUUCCCAGAGCUCUCGGGUGUCCAUUCCGUCUGUCAGCACGCACUCACCCCGAGCGCGUCAUGACAGGAAAAGAAGCACAUUUCAAACCUUUGGGAAAGAAGUGUGCCUCACAGAUCAUUUGAUGUGCCCCGUCCCCAGCACUGUUCGCCAAGAGUUCAUCUGCUGUGAGUGCCAGGCCAAAUUUGGGGGCCACCUGCCAGUGCCCAGGGCUGAGGCGGUGCUGCCUUACUGGGUCCCUCUGUCCUUGAGACCCCGAAAGCAGAUCCAGAAGAUGGUCCGGUUUUAUGUCCCCCAAACCACCAGGGCAUGCCCCUGCCCAUGCCACCGCUUUGGGGGCCGCCUCCCGAUGCCUAGGGAUCAGGCCAUGAUGCCCUACUGGGUGCCCCAGGUCCUGCGGUCUCACAAGAAGGUGGUGAAAAGGCAGCAGAGUUUUAAAGGCAUCCCAGAAAACCCCCUGGAAGCGUGCUCCAGGUACUACUGCUGGCGGAUCUACGGCGAAGGGCGCCGUUUCCUCAAGUGGCAGAAGCUCCAGGCCCUUCACCAGGCUGAGCCGGUGGUCUUGGGGCAGCCAGCUGGGCCCCCGGCCUCCCUCCUGCCCCUCAGCCUCAGCCUCCUGACCCUCCUCCAGGCCCUCCUGAGGGUCAUGGUGGCCAUCCGGUGA